GGCGCCAUUUUGAAGGUGUCAGAUUCGCGGCAGUGCGUCAGGGCGACUCGGCUGAACUAAGACUAGACGAAAGCAGAGCAGUCGAACUUGGGGCGCCUCGGGCGAGCGAGUCGGGCCUGUUUCUGGCUCGAUUCGUCUUGCCUGCUCGCGCUAGCAUUAGCUAACGUUACAUGUGCUGAGGUCGAGGGGAACUGAUCUCAUCUGCUGCUACAAUGCCGACAGUUACUUUACCACCUAAAGAGAACGCUCUCUUUAAGAGGAUUUUGCGAUGUUACGAGCACAAGCAGUACAGAAAUGGACUCAAGUUCUGCAAACAAAUCCUGGGCAACCCCAAGUUCGCAGAGCAUGGAGAAACCCUGGCUAUGAAGGGCUUGACCUUGAACUGUCUGGGGAAGAAGGAAGAUGCUUACGAGCUGGUGAGAAGAGGUUUGCGCAAUGACCUCAAGAGUCACGUCUGCUGGCAUGUAUACGGUUUAUUACAGCGGUCUGAUAAGAAGUACGACGAGGCCAUCAAGUGUUACCGAAAUGCGCUGAAGUGGGACAAGGACAACCUCCAGAUUCUCCGGGAUUUGUCUCUACUGCAAAUCCAGAUGAGGGAUCUGGAAGGCUACCGGGAGACACGGUACCAGCUGUUGCAGUUGCGUCCCGCUCAGCGAGCUUCCUGGAUCGGAUAUGCUAUUGCCUAUCACCUCCUGGAAGACUAUGAGAUGGCAGCAAAGAUCAUUGAGGAAUUUAGGAAAACACAACAGACAUCUCCUGACAAGGUGGACUAUGAAUACAGUGAGCUGCUGCUUUACCAGAACCAGGUGCUAAGAGAAGCAGGUCUAUAUAAGGAGGCUUUGGAGCAUCUGACAAAUUAUGAAAAACAGAUUUGUGACAAAUUGGCAGUGGAGGAAACGCGAGGGGAGUUGCUGUUAAAAUUGGAGCGUUUGGAUGAGGCUACAGAUGUUUACUAUCGCAUGCAGGAGAGGAACCCGGAGAACUGGUCAUAUUACCAUGGCCUGGAGAAAGCACUGAAACCAAGUAGUGUGGAGGAGAGGUUUAAGGUCUAUGAGGAUGCCUGGGAGAAGUUCCCGAAAGGCCUUGUUCCUCGUCGACUUCCCCUCAACUUUCUUUCUGGUGAGAAGUUCCGAGAAUGUCUUGACAGGUACUUGAGGAUGAACUUCAGUAAAGGAUGCCCACCUGUCUUCACCACCCUGAAAUCCCUUUACAACGACAAAGAAAAGGUUUCAAUUAUAGAAGAAUUGGUGGUCGGAUUUGAGAGCUCCUUAAAAAGCUCCAGACUAUUCAGCCAAAACGAUGAUGGUAAAGAGGAGCCACCAACCACAUUGCUUUGGGUGCAGUACUUUCUGGCUCAGCACUAUGACAUGGUUGGCCAACAGACACUGGCUCUGGAAUACAUCAACACAGCCAUCGAGAGCACUCCAACCCUCAUUGAACUCUUCCUUAUCAAAGCCAAGAUUUACAAGCAUGCUGGGAACAUACGAGAGGCCGCUCAGUGGAUGGAUGAGGCACAGGCUCUGGACACUGCUGACAGAUUCAUCAACUCCAAGUGUGCCAAAUACAUGCUGAAGGCUGGCAUGAUCAAGGAGGCGGAGGAGAUGUGUUCCAAGUUCACACGGGAGGGGGCAUCAGCAGUGGAAAACUUGAAUGAGAUGCAGUGUAUGUGGUUCCAGACAGAGUGUGCACUUGCCUACAAGGGUAUGAACAAGUUUGGGGAGGCUCUCAAGAAGUGCCAUGAAAUUGAAAGGCAUUUUGUGGAGAUAACGGAUGACCAAUUUGACUUCCACACCUACUGCAUGAGGAAGAUGACACUGCGCUCAUACGUGGACCUGCUGAAACUUGAGGACGUACUUCGGAUGCAUCCCUUUUACUAUAAGGCUGCAGUCACAGCAAUUCAAAUAUACCUGAGCCUCCAUGACAAUCCUCUGACUGACGACAGCAAGGAAUUGCAGGCAGACACUGCUAACCUGUCAGACAAAGAGUUGAAGAAGCUCAGGAAUAAACAGCGGAGAGCCCAGAAAAAGGCACAGCUAGAGGAGGAGAAGAAGAAUGCAGAGAAAGAGAAGCAGUUGAAGAAUCAGAAAAAGAAAAAGGAAGAUGACGAUGAAGAGAUUGGCGGCCCAAAAGAGGAGCUCAUUCCUGACAAAUUGGUCAAGGUAGAAAAUCCACUGGAAGAAGCGGUCAAAUUUCUAAUACCGCUCAAACACCUUGUUAAAGAUAAAAUUGAUACACACCUACUGGCAUUUGAAAUCUACUUCAGAAAAGAAAAGUACCUGUUGAUGCUCCAAUCAGUAAAGAGGGCUUUAGCCACCGACCAAGACCACCCAUGGCUACACCAGUGUCUAGUGCGCUUCUUCAAAGGAGUUGCAGAGAGCAAAGAGCUACCCGAUGUGGUUCGGACAGUCUUGAAGCAAGAAGUCACCCGGCUGUUUGGAGAUAGCAAUGCUAAGAGCUUCAACCAGGCCUUCCUCUCCAAACACUCCAAUUCCAUACCACACCGAUUGGCUGCUGCAAAAAUGAUGGUAUACUUGGACUCGUCGACACAGUCAAAGGCAGUUGAAUUGGCCACCGCCCUUAAUGAGUCGCUCAACAAUAGAUCUAUCCAGAUCUGCACAGAGGUCCUGGAGAAUCUUCGGAAUGGCUACCUGGGCGAUUCAAAGGAGUGCGCCGAGUCCUACCGUGCCGAGUGUCACAAGCUUUACCCCUACACAUUAGCUUUCAUGCCCCCUGGAUACGAGGAGAACACCAAGAUUGCAAAUGGUGACGUUUCCACAGAAACAGAAGAGCUAGCCAACGAGAUGUGAGCAUGGCCAGACAAAGGGGGAUGAGAAAAGGAAUAGGGCCUUGCACAGAGCCUUGUGGUACGCCUGGCAGUCAUUUUAUAGAGCCAGACACACGAGAAGCGAAAAACAUGUUUCGUUCUUUGGCUCAGCUUAAAUUGGGUCUGACCCGGCAUGGCUUGGCUCUUUCCCAUAUGCUGAAAAUCAGGACUGUAUGCGUGUUAGUAUGUCAUGGGUGUGAAUGCGUCUUGAGCAUGUGUGCGGUUUUGUUUAUUUGUGAUAAAGGGGAGGAAGAUAACAAAAUGGCCAUUUUACUUUUUUAAUAGUGCAACCGAUUACACUGAAAAUUAAUGAAUUAUAAAAAAAACAGUUUGUGGCAAAUGUUGGGGUGAAACUGACCGGUUUCUCUGAGAUGACAACCACUGGAGUUUGACUCUGCUGCUUCUGCAAGCCCAUCAUUUUUUUUUUUAUUAUUUUUUACAAGCAAAGCUAAUUUAAAAAAGAUAGUAAUUAAAAGGGGACACAGCUGUCACUUGGGAGCAACAGUUCACUCGGCGAGCUUGAUCCAACAGAUCUGCAGGAAGCUGAGCAGAGAGUAAAUAUGGACGAUAAGGACAAGUAGAUGUUGAGGACAUCCAUCAAGCACAGGUGAAUUUAGAUCUGCAGUAACAAUCAUUUGAGCACCAGUGGGCAGCACAGUAACAACAAGGCCAAACUUUCUGGGAACAUGGCCUGGAACGGGUCACUCCACUUGUAAUAUUACAGUCUGUUACUACAGAGCGUCUAGUAGCAUAGAGUGAAAACUGCUAGGUCGUGUUUUCUGUGGUUCUCAACACACUGCUACUACUACUAGACAUUUUCACACUUAGGAAAAAGUGAUGGAUCUAAGCAAUAUCAUUGACACUUGUCUGUCAUGCAACAAGAUUUUACAUCAGAGUCAAGUGCUCUCAAUUUUUUUGAAUCUACAUUAUAACGUGCAGAAGGGUCUUCCAUUGAAAUACAAAUGACUUCGAGGGGUCAGAAUCCGUCAUCCCUACCUGUUCUCUGGGGUCAAACGUUGAAAUGCAAAGAUUUCAGCACCCUAAAUUUGCUCCAUUUUUUGUUUGUUUGACCCAUUUCCCUUUCUUGCCCUUCUCCCUCUAAUUUGGGUUGUAAUGUGAAAGAUGGAAUCUGAGAUGGCAAUGUAAGAUAUCUCUGGAUUUUUGUAUUAAAACCAAACAAAAGAAAACUUGUUUUCUUUUUCUU